AUGGUCAGAAGGUGCCUGGACGCGCUAGCGUCUGAAGGACGUCAUAGAAAAAUUCCGGGUACCAACUUGCUAGAUCCGUCAAUAACACCAUGGCCUCCUGUGACACGAGAGAUUUCAGGAGGGGGAAUUUAUGGAAUGUUUGGUUCUGAGGGUGAACAGAAUAUCCCACUUCUCCACCUCGUCAACACAGCUGCCCAAACAAACCCUCGGCUCUCAUUUCCGAUGAUGGUCCCUCCUACCGCAGUUCCACGAUGGAGCAGCGGCUCAGCAGCACCAAUUAUGCCUUCUACUCCGAAUCUUUUUCUCCAACAAAUGUAUGGCACCCAAAUGCAGCCUCCACGACUACAGUAUCCUCAACAAGUGGACUUAUUGUGGGGAAUGUUGAACACCAUCGCUCAAGGCUCUGGUCCUACUAUUGCCACUGAAGCGUGA